AUAUGUGAUGUGGAAUCUCAGUUAUUGUUAUGGCAUUUUACUGUAAACAACGAUAUUGAAUUUUCAAUUGUCAAGGCGGAGAAUGGCGGUGAACGUGUCGUGUGGCCAAAAGUGACGCUAACAAGUUUACAAGCACCAGAGCAAGGAUUCAUCAAAUGUGAUCUUGGUAAAUAUAAAAUACGUUUCGUAAGUCCGAAAAAUUCUUGGUUCCCAACCAAGCUUCAUUAUGUUGUUGAAUUUCGUCCUGAUUGUCAAUAA